AUGGCGGACGACGGCGACGACCUGAGCUCCUCAGGCGCAGGCGCGGGCGGCCCCAGCAGCGAGGGCGGCGCCGCCGAGGGGGCUGCCCGGCGCUCCGUGGCGGCGGCCACUGGCCCCCCGGGCCAGCGCCUGUGCCUCUUCUCGCGGGUGCUGCAGGAUCCUUGGGCGGGGCCGUAUCCCGCUCGUCGUGGCACGCCCGACCACCACGGCGCGGAGGACGCCGGCCUUCGCUCGGACGACGAGGACCAGGAGUCCGCCCCGCGGGGGUGCUGCAGGUGCGGCCGCUGGCGCGGGCGCCAGGGCCGCGCGGACGUCGCCAGGGAGCUCGCCGGCGUGGCCCCCGCGGGGAUGGUGCACAGGCCGCAGUGCAUGCAGCUCUUGGCCGCCUUCGAGGCGCCGGAGGGCGGCUGGGCCGUGGACGGCGUCGGGCAGACCCGCGGGCUCUCCGAGGUCCCCGGCGCGGUGCUCGUCGGAGAGCCCCGCCCGGUGGUGUUCACCGCCAUCGACGUGGACUCCGUCAACUGCCCGAUGAACGCCUACUUCCUGGUGAAGGCCUCUGGCCAGACGCUGGCCUGGCUCCUGGUGCUGAUGCAUUGGAUCUGGAGGCGGCCGUAUGCGCACGACCAGCUGGCCUUCGCCCACGUCCUCGGCAUCGGGCCCCUCGCCGACGAGGAGCGGCUCAGCGGGGGCGGGACCGCCCCCCUCAAAGAGUAUCCAUCAAGGCUGUGCAAGGCAAUGGCUACCGCCUUCGCAGCCCACUGGGGGCAGCUUGCUGACGCAGAGGCAAUGUGGGCCGAAACGGACGACUGCUACCACAGGAGUGGGAAGAAUCCUCGGGUGCUGCCAGAGAUCCCCGGCAUCGCGCCUGAAGUCAAGGCGGCCUGUCCGUCCUCGGUCCAGGGGAGCAGCCUCGACUGCAUGGAGCGGCUGGCGGAGGUUCUCGUGCAGGUCCGCUCCGAGGCGGCCUCGGCGGGCGCCGACCUCGGCAGCGAGGAGGAGCUGGUGCCCCUGUGCCGGAGGCUGCUCGAGGGGCGCGACGCGCAGCGCGGCGGGGGCGGGCAGGACGCGCUGCGGGCCGCGCUGCUGCUGCUGGACGCGCUGACGAUCGGGAGGGCCUCCUCGGAGGAGCUCGACGAGGAGGCCGAGCGGGCGCACGCGGACUGCGUGCGCAGGCACGGCGAGGUGCUGGGCCCGGGGGACCCGGCGACGCUGGAGCUGACCUUCCGCCUCGCCGGCCGUCUGGCCGGCAGGGGCGAGGAGGCCCGCGCGGAGGAGGUGCUCCGGGGCGGGCGCGAGGCCGCCGCCCAGCGCCUCGGGCAGGAGUCGGGCGCGGCCCUCAGCUACGACGACGAGCUGGCCGUGCUGCUCGCCGGCACCGGCCAGGCCGCGGCCGCGGAGCCGCUGUUCCGCCACGUGCUGGAGGCGCGCCGCGGGUCGCUGGGGCCCAUGCACGAGGACGACACGCUGCGCUCCGCCCACAACCUGGCGGUGCUGCUCGACAGCACCGGCCGGCGGGCCGAGGCGGGCAAGCUCUACCGCAGCGUGCACGCGGACCGCGCGAAGGCCCUGGGGGACGCGCACCCCAAGACCGUCGAGGCCGCGUACAACCUGGCGGUGCACCUGGACGCCUGCGCGCGCGACGGGCCCGCGGCCGAGGGGGAGCGGGCCGGGGCGGAGGCCGCGGAGUUGUUCCGGGCCGCCCACGGGCACCUCGUGGCGCAGUUCGGCCCCGAGGACGAGCGGAAGGCGUGCGCGGCCCGCGUCCAGCAGGCGAGCGGCUGCGAGGGCUGA